CAGUUGUACACGGAUGAGAGAGGAAGCAUGUCUUUCGUCUGCGAGGUAUGUGACAAAGAGUUUGCUCGUAAGUUCAACCUUGAUCGUCAUCAAGAAACCAAACACCGAGACGAGUCAGCUGUGACCUCGGAGGAAGUCGUCGUAGACCCCGAGACGGGAUCUUGCCGAAAGCGGGAUGUUUUUGACGACGACUCCGACAUGUCUCAUGACCAUGAGACGGACGCACUUGAUUCAUCGCCCGACAAGGAAGAUGAAGAAGACACCGAUGACGAAGAUGAGGCCUCAGUCAUGUCGGAAGAUGAAGUGACCGUCUCAGACGAAGAUGAGUCUGUUGUGGACUCUGAGGAGGCAGAUUCAACGACAGAAACCGACAGCGAUCAGAGUGAUUCAGAGAGUGACGCAAGCUCGGACGUAUCUUCCGACCCGGCUUCACCCGAUGACAAUGAAGAGUACGGCUACGACAGCGGUGACGAGGAAGAAGAGUGGACGCUCUUUCGAGACUGGACCAUUCGACUCACUCAAGAACCAGGCGAUGUCCCUCAACGCGUGAUCAAAGAGACAAAACGCGCUGGCAAAAAGAUUUAUCUUGUAGAGUUUGCCGCCUUGCCUCGUUACGGUUAUAACAUCGAAUACAGCAAGAACUGGGUCCCAGAACAGACACUGAUGAAAAAAUAUGGCUACCUCGUCCUGAAAUAAUGCAACAUCGUCCUCCUGCCUAUACAACGUAC